GAGAGAGAGCGAGAGAGAGCGAGAGAGAGAGAGAGAGAGAGAAAAUCCAUGUUUUGACAUUGGAAUAUUAGCUGGGGUGAUUCAACCAUGAGGUGGACGCCUGAACCGUCAGGCUGACUAUUCUCCACUUGUCAUCGUCCCACAACCUUCCAAGGGUCCACAAUGACCGCGGUCGAACAGACUGUAACGUGGCUCAUCACGCUCGGGGUGCUGGAGUCUCCCAAGAAGAGCAUCUCUGAUCCGGAGGCUUUCCUCCGGACGUCUCUGCAGGACGGGGUGGUCCUGUGCAGGCUGCUGGAGCGACUGAGACCGGGGACAACGGAAACAUGUUUUCAGGAACCGAGGAGUGACAGCGAGUCUCAACUGAACGUCAGCGAAUUCAUCAAAGGCGUCGGGACUUUCGGCGUGGAGAGAUUACCAUGGGGAGCUCAGACUUGGAGUAAUCCCGCUUCAGACUGUAGCUGGAAUGGCAUCCUUAACACCCAACCUAAACACAAUGCUUUCAGGCAGCCUUUUGAGGUCAAUGACCUCCUUCAGGGGCUGAACUUCACCAAGGUCCUAAACACCUUGGUUGGGCUGAACAAAGUCACUGAAGAUUCAGGUGUUUCUGUUUGUGUACCACACUCCGUCACAUUGAGGAUUAAAUCGUUUGAUUCUCUGAACAGUCAAAGUCAGUCCUCCAAACUACAGCCACCUCAGUAUCACAGCCUUGACAUGUCUGAUGGGAGUGGGUGUGGCCAAUUUAUUUUCAAGGCACGCUUCCCUUUCCAGCAGACAAAUGAGGACGAACUCUCUUUCUCCAAGGGUGACAUCAUUAAUGUGAGCAGGCAGGAAGAGGGGGGCUGGUGGGAAGGUUCGCUUAAUGGCAAGACCGGCUGGUUCCCCAGUAACUAUGUGCGGGAACUGAAAGGAAGCGACAAGCCAUUAGACAAACCAAAGUCUGGGACGCUGAGAAAUCCCCCAAAAGGUUUUGACACCUCUAUUAUCAGCAAGACCUACUACAAUGUGGUCCUCCAGAACAUCUUGGAAGCAGAGUGUGAGUAUUCGAGGGAACUACAAAGUCUUUUGGGGUCCUACCUGCGUGCCCUCCAACCCACAGACAGGUUGAGUGGUGUUGACAUCAGCCACAUUCAAGGAAAUCUCGAGGAGAUCUCGACCUUCCAGCAGAUGUUGGUUAAAUCCUUGGAGGAGCAUACCAAGCUUCCAGAAUGUCAGCAGCGGAUAGGAGGCUUCUUCCUGAGCUUAAUGCCUCAGAUGAAGGACCUUUAUGUGGCUUACUGCGCAAACCAUCCAUCUGCUGUCAGUGUGCUCACGCAGCAAAGUGAGGAGCUCGGGGAGUACAUGGAGUCCAAGGGGGCAUCUAGUCCGGGGAUCCUGACACUGACCACCAGUUUGAGUAAACCCUUUACUCGACUGGAGAGAUACCCAACCCUGCUCAAGGAAAUGGACAGACACACGGAGGACCAACACCCAGACAGAGUUGACCUCCAAACAUGUAUGGAAUCAUUUCAAAACCUUGCCGCUCAGUGCCAGCAAGUGAGGAAGAAGAAGGACCUGGAGUUACAGAUUUUAACCGAGCCAAUCAGGAACUGGGAGGGGGAUGACAUUAGGACCCUCGGUCCUGUUCUUCACAUGUCCCAGGCUGCGGUCUGCUCUCAGAACUGUCAGGAGUCAAGUGAACGCUACCUUGUGCUCUUUCCUCACACUCUACUCUUCCUCUCAGCAAGUGUGAGAAUGAGUGGAUUCAUCUACCAGGGGAAGAUGCCACUGUCAGGCAUGCUGAUCUCCAGGAUAGAAGAUAGGGAAACCAUGAGGAAUGCUUUUGAAAUUUCUGGUGCUCAGUGCGACCGUAUUCAAGUGGCGUGCAACAGUCAGCAGGAUCUACUGGACUGGUUAGACCUUCUCACCAAACACACACACACCCCUGCUGCACACGCACACAAGACUCAGUCGGUGUAUCAAACAUUGCCCUCCCUGCCUGUCACCCCUUCCCGACACUCAGAGUCUCGUGGCGGAAGCAGCGUCUUCCACACCCUUCCUCAUCUUUCCUCAUAUGGCGGCAGCCCCAUGUGUGGGGACCUGGAGCCAUCGACUACUCCAAAAACCUGGAGCAUGAGCUGUCUUCGGCCUGCGCCUCCUCUCCGGCCGUCUGCUGCCCUUUACAGCAAGGAGGAUAUGAGUAAGAGUCCAAAGAAUAUGAAGAAGCUGCUUCCCAAGAGAAAGCCGGAGAGGAAACCCUCUGAAGAAGACUUCAUUGUCAGAAAGAGCACAGCAGCUCUAGAGGAGGACGCUCAGAUAUUGAAAGUUAUUGAGGCAUACUGCACCAGUGCCAAGACACGACAAACCCUCAACUCUACCUGGCAAGGCACUGACCUCAUGCACAACCAUGUCCUCGCUGACUCCAGCCUCGUCGUUGCUGGCAUCCCGAGCAACCUGCCGUGUUCCGACCAAUCAGAAGACUCGGAUUAUGACAGUAUCUGGACCACCACUAGUUACAGGACUGCCUCAUUUUCUCGUUCCAGCAGGAGGGAUGUUCACAUGUUAUUCCCAGAGGAGGAGAAGAUCAUAGUGGAGGAAACCAGGAGCAACGGACAAACCGUAAUGGAGGAGAGUAAUGCCAAGCUGCCUUGCUGCUGCAGGAGCCUGGUAGACACUGUAUACAGUUUGAGAGAUGAGGUCCAGGAACUCAAACAGGACAACAAGAGGAUGAAGAGGACGCUAGAGGAGGAGCAGCGAGCCAGGAAAGAGCUUGAGAGAAUCAUCAGGAGAGUUUUGAAGAACAUGAACGACCCAACCUGGGAUGAGACAAACCUCUGAAACUAUUAAUCUGUACAUUGGACCCUCUCAUUGGGAAAAUGCCAUGGAGAGAAAUGAGGCGGAACCAUCCCAAAUGACCUUGAAGGUGUCCAACCACUGAGCUAGAGCGAAGAUGACAUUACAUCCUGUUAGAACGACCUUCGUCAAUCAACUAACUGAAAAAGGACUUAUUUUUAGAGAGCUAAAGGAAAUAAUCACAGUGAGUCAGGUAAUUGGUGUGUGUGCUCUUGAAACCAAAGCAAUACAACGUGAUAUUUUAUAAUGUCAAUUAUGCAAUUCACUAAAUACUGUUUGGUAUUUUAUUAAUAUUGUUUUUAUAUUCUGUACUGGUUUGAUUUUGUGCUUAUUUUUUAUACUUGAAAUUUAUCACAUUGAAGAUUGCCAACAGACAAGAGAAACAUUCCUCUUUUUUCAGUUAUUACACUUAACUAUGUCAACCACAAAAGACAUUUGUCAGAUUAAAGACCUUGACUGUAUAAGCUAUACAAUGCAAUAACUGUAAAUUGUGUAUUUGAUAGCAACUUAAUCUAAUUAUGUUUUAAUGAUAAUGAUUUACAACAAUCAAACCCUUAUUUAUUUCAACGAUGUGUCAGUAAAUAUAGAAUAAAGUUCUUCCACUAA